AGUUACGCGUUCAGCCUAUCCUUUUUAACGUAUGAAUGCAUCAAGUUACCACUUGCUCAACACCACAUAACAUACCUCGGUCAGUUUGGAAAAAUGCCAAACAUAGGAUAGGUAUCACCAUCGAAAAGGAAAUUGUAUAUGGAAGCGAAGCUCGGUGCUUACCUAGCUACUGCAAGACUAUCUAUACCCCUAAUAUAACCUCUUAUCAAAUGUCAAAUAAUGAACAACCUGCUUCUUCUUUUUCUCAAAUACAAACCGGUUUGGCACCAGCUCGUUCUUAUCCAACCCCAUCAUCUCUUGGCACUAUGCGCACCCCCUAUGAAGGAGCUCAAACGUUCGGAUCUUCAAAUAGCCCGCAUACGGAAGCCUUGGGAAGUGCUAUGGCGGCAUAUCAUCAUUCAAGCAGUGGCGCACAAAGAUCAACUACACAUAAAAAUACGCAUAGAUGGCGCAUUUAUGUUCGACCUGCUCGCGACGGCGAAGACAUUUCACACUUUAUCAAGCAGGUUGUCUUCAUUAUGCACCCUGGCUUCGUCAAGCCAUACUACAUAUUGUCAAGUCCACCAUAUCAAGUAGAAGCAGACGGAUGGGAAGAAUUUGAAGUAGUCAUCAUCAUCAGCUUCGUCGAUCCAAAUGAAAAACCUGUUAAACUCUUUCAUAUGCUCAAGUUGUUCAAUCCGGAUGGAUCUUAUCCCAAAGAAGGGGGAGCGGUUAUUUCAGAGCGCUCGAGUCAAAUCACGUUCACAAAUCCAAGUGAGCCAAUUUAUAGAGUAUUGUUGACAAAAAAAAAACAAAGAGAGAAGGCAACUUAUCAAAAUCAGAAUGAAGAGAGGGUAUUGGAAACAAUUUUGAGGGCUUCAGACAAAGUCAGAAGUCAAAUCGACCUGCUAGCACGAGAAUACGAACAGGCUUCACGUCGCUCAGUGGAAAUCAGGAAGGAAAUCCAGAGGUUGUUAUCUAAGGAGAGAACCACUGAUACAGGGGAGAUUUUUCAAACUAAGACCACAAUAGACGUUCCUAGAGGUACUUCUAAAGAUGUGGAAGGUCAAAUGCCACAGUAGAAAAAAAACGGGUACAAAAAUUGUCGCGAAACGAAAAUAUAAAAAACCAAAACAGAGGGCCUGAAAGAGAGAGAGGUGUUAUGUAUUACAAUCGCAAUACAAUAUGAAAGAAUCACUUCUCUACUUCAGGUUCGAAGUAGUAGAAGCUGCGUUAAGACAAUUGUCAGCAACGAUCAACUAACAGCUAGAAAGAGUUCUGAGAUGAGAUAUAUUUGUAUUGACAGUAGUGUCAAACUUGACGGCUUUGGCAAUCAGAAACCAGCGAGACAGCAUAGCUGACAGACGUAUCUUCAUUACUCAUGCAUUUUUUCGAUUGCUUAUACUGAAUGAAUUUGACAUUGUAUUUAUUCUUGGCGUAUUUAAGCGUAUUGAGCAAGAUAGAAAUAGGAUACCGUCCACAGAUGGUAUUUUUGGUUUGAUCCAGAUAAUUGCGAAAUUCGGUGUCGUUUUGAUUUUCGAUUGCCUCGAAGCUACGUCGAUCCAGAUUCUCGAUGAACUUGUAUAUUUCCUGUCCGUCUUCGCUCCGGUAGAAUGUGUAGUCGAACGAUUUGCCCCAAUGGCAAAAGUCAGACGAAAUCACGAAAAAGUUAUCUGCGUUAUCAAAAUAGGGCGCAAAUAUUUGGCCAUAUUUCAAGCUCAGAGAACUUGGAAGCGACCCGACCAUGAUUGGGAUGAGCAUCACCGGAUGUGCCUUGCGAUUUGUGCAGUAGUAGAUGAACGGCAGGUGCAUUUCUAAAGAAUGUUCAUGUAGUUCCGACGAUUUACUUAGGCGUUUAAAAUAUUCAGGAAAAGAGGAUUCAAGAUGCGAGAUCAGCUCAGAAUCCAGUGGUAUUGGGCCAAAAGGUGUAUCAUAGGCGUUCACCAUCACCGAAGGUAGCAUACAACCUCGAAAUGAUUUUCGAUGACUAGGACCGAACAAAAAGAUCCGUUUGAUCUGAGAAUGCAUCUGCAAUAGUUUGCAGUACCCAAAUGCCGCCGUAGACCCACUAUACAUAUAUCCAGCAUGGCUAUGCAGAUUAAAAAAGGGAUUUCAUCGCUCAAA